ACUCCGGUGUACUAUUCACCCACCGCCGGCUCCCAAACCAAACUAUAACGCAUCUCACUUAUCACCUCACCAGCACCACCAACCACCGCUGACAAAUACCCAAUCCUUUAACUAAAUACUAGUCAUCUAACCACUUCACCCCCUCACCAACCAACCAACCAUCUAUCCUAUCCCCCACGUAACCAACCAACCCCAAAGCACCACAGUAAAAAUGAUCCCCAAACCCAAAGCCCUAAUCUUCGACCUAAUGGGCACAUGCACAAACUGGCAUCCAAGCAUCCAAACCGCCCUCUCCACCACCCCAUCUCUAACACACCUCCCAACCGAAACCAUCGCCCAGCUUGCCUCUUCCUGGCGAUCAAGCUUCUUUAAUGAAAUCCAUCGUCGGUUUCAUGCUGGACUCGGCACGGAGAGUAUUGAUGUGACGCAUCGACGGGUGUUGGAUGGGUUGUUGGAUGGGAUGGGGUUAAAUGGUGGUGAUGGUGGUGGUGUAGGGGAGGAGGAAAGGGAGAGGUUGGUUGCUGCGUGGCAUUUUCAGGGGGCAUGGGAUGACUCCAUUGAUGCGAUUAGACGGUUGAAGGAGAAGUUUAUGGUCGUCGUCCUCGCAAACGGAACCACCAGACUCCAACUAGACUUGAUCCAAUCAUCCGGAUUACCCUUCCAUGCACUAUUUUCUUCCCAGUUGUUGGGAUUAACCAAGCCCGAUCCUGCUAUAUAUCGCAAAGCGUUGGAGUUGUUGCAGGUGGAGCCUGAAGAGGCGGUUAUGGUUGCCGCGCAUGCGUAUGAUCUUAGGGCUGCUAAGGGGGUGGGAUUGAGGACGGUGUAUAUUUAUCGGAAUACGGAGGAUUUGGAUGAGGAUAUGGGGGUUGUUCAAGGGGAGGUGGAUGUUUUUCUGGAAGGAGAGGGGCCGUUGGGGCAGUUGGCGGAAUUGUUUUGUGGGGAGUAGUGGGUAUAUUUUGUGGGUGGGUGGUUUGGUUUCUGCUUGGGUGCAGGUGCAGGUGCAGGUGCAGGUGCAUACUAUAUAUUGAGGGUUGGUAUAGAGUUUUGAUUAAGAUGGAGAAGUGGGUGAAAGUAAUGCAG